GUGUUGGCCUUUGGGGGGAAUUCUCUAAGAUUUGGGAGUGAGUAAAUUAAUAUUGUUAGUUGAAUUAGUGGUUUUAGAUAUAAAUUAAUAAUGGAAGGGAAAUUAGAGGGCUGUGAAGAAGGGAAAAAGGUUGAGAGUUCAAGAGUUAGUGUUAAUGGAGAUGAUGAGGGCAACUUAAGUGUACUUAAGAGGGAAAUUGCUUGCCAUUCUUUGUAUGGGCACUUGGUUGACUCUCACUUGGACUGUUUGAAGCUGUGCUUAGGUGAGAAGAUGGAGAACAUUGAGGACGUAAUAUUUAACCCAAUUUCAGCACCACAACUUAAUCAUAGUCCCAAUUUAUCCACGGCCGACCAGUCCGAGUUGGAUCAAUUUAUGGAGGCUUAUUGUGCGUUGCUAAAAAAGGUUAAAGAAGUAAUAGAAGAACCUCAGCAAGAGUCCAUGGCAUUUAUUAAUUACGUUUAUUCUCAACUUGAGGACCUUCUACAUUCAGAUGCUCCAUCUUCAUCUCUGUGAGCUCAGAAGUGAUUCACAUGAAUGCAAAGCAGGAUAUUGAUGGAAGUUCAUGAAGCAAUUUAGCGUGUCAUUUUCUAAAUUUUUUUUUAACGAUUUCUGUUUUCCUAUUAGUCCAGGAAAAUAUUAUCAUGUUUUCCUACUAUUU